AAAAGUAGUGGUUAGUGUUCCCUCUAGGCAUUAUUUAGUUCUCCCGUAUUAUCUCCUCAUACAAAUUCCCUUCGUAACAAAUCUCCCUUAAUGCCAUCAGCUCUUCAACAAUCUUAAACUAAAGAAUUAUUACAAUAUAUAAAUAUUUCAAAACAUACAUACCAAAAACUACUCUUAAACCAUUAAACCAAGAUAUACAUAGAGUUCUUAUCCUUUUAACAUUUCAACAUGGAUAUCAUGAGAAAUAUCACUAUGGUGAUAGUGAAAUCCUUCUCUACAGUCACAUCAAACCUACAUAACAUCAUCACAAAUAAAGCUCCACAACUACUAAUCAUAAUCUCUCAACUACUCGGCCAUUACCAUUUCCCACAAUCAGUCUUAUUAGCAACAACAACAAUUUUACUCAUCUCGCUUAUGAUAAUACUUUAUUUCUCGACAAAACACAAACCCAUUUAUCUCGUAGAUUUUGCCUGCUACCGCCCUCCAGACUCGCUACGAGUUACGCACUCGAAUUUCACCGAGCACUUAGAAAGGAGUGGUCGUUUCACCCAAGAAAGUGUAGAUUUUCAAGACAAGGUGUUGAAAAAAUCAGGCAUCAGCAGCCAAACAUGUAUGCCACUUUCACUCCAUCAAGUUAACCCCAAUCUUUCAAUACGUGCAAGCAAAGCAGAGAUCGAACAAAUCCUUUUUCCUAUUGUGAAACAACUUCUUUCAAAAACAAGAAACAACAACAUAAAGAUAAACCCUAGAGACAUUGAUAUUUUGGUCACCAACUGCAGCCUCUUUUGCCCUACUCCCUCUAUUUCGUCCAUGGUAAUAAACAAGUUCGGGUUCAGAAGCAAUAUCAAGAGCUUUAGUCUUAGUGGAAUGGGGUGUAGUGCUGGGAUUUUGGCUAUAAGUUUGGCUAAAGAUUUGCUUAAAGUUCACAAAAACUCCAUAGCUUUUGUUCUUAGCAUGGAAGUUGUGACUCAAAAUGGUUACGAAGGCAACGUGAAGUCCAUGCUUUUGUCCAAUGUUUUGUUCAGAAUGGGUGGCGCAGCCAUUCUUCUUUCAAAUCGAAAAAUCGACAAGCCUGCCGCUAAGUACGAGCUUCAACAUCUUGUUCGAACAAAUACCAGUUCAGAUGAUAAUGCUUACCAAUCUGUUUUCCAACAACCGGAUGAUAAUGGGUUGCAAGGGGUAUCCAUUUCAAGAUCACUUAUUCCUGUUGCGGCCAAAACCUUAACUAUCAAUGUGUCAAGGUUAGGCCCUUUAGUGCUUCCCUAUUCUGAGCAGUUUCGGUAUGGAUUGUCUGCAGUGUUGCGGCGAGUGUGGCAGUCGUCAUCGUCGCCCUCUUCAUCGUCCGGUAAGAUUUCAAUUUACGUGCCUAAUUUUAAGAAAGCUUUUGAGCAUUUUUGCAUACAUGCUGGGGGAAGAGCUGUGAUUGAUGCUCUUGAAGAUAGUCUAAAGUUGAAUAAGGAAGAUGUAGAGGCUUCAAGAAUGACACUAUAUAGAUUUGGUAAUACUUCUUCUUCUUCGGUUUGGUAUGAGCUUAGUUAUUUGGAGGCGAAAGGAAGAGUUAAGAAAGGAGACCGUGUUUGGCAAAUUGCAUUUGGAAGUGGUUUUAAGUGUAAUAGUGCGGUUUGGAAAUGUAUUUCAGAAUCAAGUGAUGUAAAUGCUUGGUCAGAUAGAAUUAAUAUGUAUCCUAUUGAAGUACCAAGCAUGUUCGAUUAAUUGUUACAUGAUCGAUCUAACAAAGUUGGGUGUUCUCUUAUAUAUAAUGUUGUAUACUUUAAUAUUAAAGGAAUCUAAUUAUCUUCUGUCGUGUUGGGUAUGAA